GGAAGAGAGGAAGGGAAGUCCUUUCGUCACUCAGGCAGCUCCUUAAACCCCUGUCCUCUAAUACGCUCCUUCUCUUUUCGGGUUGUGAAAAAUUCCGACCUCUUCUCUUUGGAUUAUCUUCAGGAGCUGCUGCGGAGUCAAGAAUAAUCCGCCAGCGUCGCUGCAGCUCUUUUGGAACAACCAAAGUCACCGGAAGUACAGCGUAGAGGGCGUUGGAGUGAGGAUGGCUGCCUACAAGCUGGUUCUGAUCCGCCACGGAGAGAGCGCCUGGAACCAGGAGAACCGCUUCUGCGGCUGGUUCGACGCCGACCUGAGCGAGACCGGGGAGAAGGAAGCAAAGAGGGGAGGACAGGCCCUGAAAGAUGCUGGCUAUGAAUUUGAUAUCUGCUACACCUCUGUCCUUAAGAGGGCCAUCCGCACCCUGUGGUUUGUCCUGGACAGCAUCGACCAGAUGUGGCUGCCCGUCCACCGGACCUGGCGGCUCAAUGAGCGCCACUACGGUGGCCUGACGGGGCUGAAUAAGGCAGAAACUGCUGCCAAACACGGGGAGGCUCAGGUCAAGAUCUGGAGACGUUCCUUUGAUAUUCCUCCCCCAUCCAUGGAUGAGGGGCACAACUUCUACCAGGCUAUUAGCAAGGACCGGCGUUAUGCUGAACUGACGGAGGAUCAGCUUCCCAGCUGUGAAAGUCUCAAGGACACCAUUGCCAGGGCGCUUCCUUUCUGGAAUGAGGAAAUUGUUCCCCAGAUCAAGGAAGGGAAGAGGGUGCUGAUUGCUGCUCAUGGCAACAGCCUGCGGGGCAUCGUCAAGCAUCUUGAAGGUAUGUCAGAAGAAGCCAUCAUGGAGCUGAACCUUCCUACGGGCAUUCCCAUUGUGUACGAGCUGGACAAGAACCUGAAGCCCUUAGGACCCAUGCAGUUCCUGGGAGAUGAGGAGACUGUCAGGAAGGCGAUGGAAGCUGUGGCUGCUCAGGGCAAAGCAAAGAAAUAGACUUAUUCUUCUGAAAGCCCAGAGUACAGACCAAACAUGCACCCUUCUCAAAUUUGGUUCAAAAAUUGGUUAUUUAAUGUUUGUGUCAUCACAGACUUGCACACAAAUAGACCCAAAAUGUGCACUUUAUAGAAAUAAUACCCUGCUUAAACACAAUCGGUCUGUUGCUUGUGUUUAUUGGUCUUUAUUCUGUCAUACACUGAAAAAUACAUUUCAUUAUUAGACUAUUGAAUAUAGUUUAAGCACUGACCAAAUUGGAAAUUGGGGACCAGAGAGCAGAAGCAGAAUGGAGAUUUGAUGCAGAUCUGUCCUUUUAUGAACAGUUGCUGUAGCCAAAGCUCAGUGGGAAACGAACCGCUGCUGGCUGUUGUUAAAAGGGCAAAUUGUUUUGUUGUACACUGCUGAACUUUGUUUGCUGUGGCAAAAUAAAUAAAUGUUGUGAGACAUCA